ACGUAAAAAUAUACGAGUUAUAAUUUCGAAACUGUUAAAAUGUGGAGAAAACAAACCUUUUAGAAAGGAGGAGUCGGAAGCUUUCGUCAUGAAAAGAGAAAAAGGGAUUAAAAAAGGAAAGCGAAAAGGUGGCGGAGCUGGUGAGAGCAACGAGGAACGGAGGAGUGAGGCGGAGGCGGAGGAGAAGAACAUGGUGGUUGACCGCGGCAGAGAUUUGAGCGCGGCGGCGCGCGCUGUCCUCGUGGCGGUGCUCGCGCUGUGCGUAGCUCCGCACGCAGCCCAGCAGCUCUCCCCCUCGCACCCUCACCACAGAUCCACGGUGCUGAAGAUGGAUGAGGCUUCCCUGACAGUCAACAAUGAACUACAGAGCGAUAUCGUGCUGUCCUGGCUCUCAGAUCAUUGCUUUCGGUGCCUCUUCCAGCCACUUGGGGUGGUCCCUGGCAGGCCCGUCCCCGGGAUGCUCGGUGUGGCGAACUUCGUUUUGAGUUCCCAGCAUCCCCUGACCCUACAGCUCAAUAGCACCAAAAUCAACCAAGAGCUCUGCAGAGUUUACUUCCACUUUGGAGAGCACGGGAACUACUCACUGUGGGUGAAAAACCUGACUGACUCGGAUGUCAAUUGCACCGUAGUUGUCGAUGGAGAACCUGUCAACAGUAACUUGCCCAUCUUGGUUGCCUUCCUGGUGUAUGCUGUCUUAUGUGUUCUGUUUGCUGCUGGACGUGCUGUCAUAGGGCUUGAUGUUGUGAGAAAUCUAAUUCACAGUCUGGGGAGCACCAUGGAAACAGACAGGCUCAUUAAUUCAGAGCUGGGGUCGCCUAACAGAGCCAUUGACUCCUCCACUGAUUGUAUACCGCCCCUUGUCCCCAGCAACAGGCUGCGUUCCCUUGACACCUUCCGAGGGCUGUCGCUGGUGAUCAUGGUGUUUGUCAACUAUGGCGGAGGGAGAUACUGGUUCUUUAAGCAUGAAAGCUGGAACGGCCUAACAGUUGCUGAUUUGGUCUUUCCUUGGUUUGUCUUCAUUAUGGGGACAUCCAUCGCACUGGCCCUGAAUACGUUAGUGAGACGAGGGACUCCGCACUGCAGGAUCCUACAUAAGGUCCUGUGGAGAAGCCUGCAGCUCUUCCUCCUUGGCGUGCUAGUCAUCAACCCCAGCUACUGCCAGGGGCCCCUAUCUUGGGACACACUACGGAUCCCUGGGGUUCUACAGCGCCUGGCCUUCUCCUACGUUGUUGCUGCUUCUCUGGAUCUCAUGGUUGCUAGGACCAGACUAGAUAAUCUUCCCACAGAUGCCUGGUGGUACCCAGCACGGGAUGUCCUCCUAUAUUGGCCAGCUUGGUUCUGUGUCAUUGUGCUGGAAACCAUUUGGCUGUGUCUCACCUUCCUGCUUCCUGUCCCUGGCUGCCCAAAUGGUUAUUUGGGACCAGGGGGAAUUGGAGACUUUGGGCUGUAUCCCAAUUGCACCGGGGGAGCUGCAGGGUAUAUUGAUCGCUGGCUACUGGGGACACAUCACAUCUACCAGAACCCAUCCUCACGGGUCCUCUACCAAACCAGGAUGCCAUAUGAUCCUGAAGGGGUGCUAGGCAGCAUCAAUUCUGUUUUGAUGACUUUCUUAGGGCUACAGGCUGGGAAGAUUAUUUUGCACUACAAGGACCAGCAUGCAAAAAUAAUGUCCAGAUUUGCCAUCUGGGGUUUUGUACUGGGAAUCAUCUCUUCCAUUCUGACCAAGUGCUCAAAGGACCAUGGCUUUAUCCCUGUCAAUAAAAAUUUAUGGUCUUUGUCCUAUGUAACCACACUCAGUUGUUUUGCUUUUGUGAUUCUGCUCAUCAUCUAUUACAUUGUGGAUGUAAAGAAGUGGUGGUCUGGGUCACCUUUCUUCUACCCUGGAAUGAACUCCAUUCUGAUAUAUGUGGGACACGAGGUGUUUGAAGACUACUUUCCUUUCAAAUGGAAGAUGAGCAACAGCCAAUCACAUACUGAGCACCUGGCCCAAAACCUAGUGGCCACUUCUUUUUGGGUUCUAAUCUCCUACCUGUUGUAUAGGAAGAAAAUCUUCUGGAAGAUCUAGUGUGCCUCACUUGGAGGCCACAAUAAGGAGCAUGAACUGCUUUGGUGGAGCAAUUGCAUUGAUCUUUCAGUCAACCAUCCUUUGAUAUUAUCAAGCCAUGUCAGCCAUGGUGCUUAUUUCUGCUUCUCUUAAAAAUGGAUUUGUGCUGAGAGUGGACUUCAACUUGAACUGUGUUUCACCUGGGGAAGAUUAAGAAUUCUGUCACUGCUUUAUCUAAAAGCCACUAAGCUGAGUUUUAGGUUCAGUUAAUACUGGUCAUCGCUGUCUGAGGCUGUGUUUGGAGUGCAAUAAUGCUUUGGUCUGGUUAGCAAAUGCUGUCGGGGAGCUACUUCUAUUAAAUGUUGGAGGUGCCCAGUAUUGAAGCAGACCUGUUCUGGGAAAAGGGUUGUUUGCUGGGGACCAGAUUGCCCCACAUCAAAGUGCCUUACUUUUUCUUGUGCUAUUGAAAGAGUUUAGGGCAUCUAUAGAAAAUAAUAUUUUGUGUGCCAAAACAGUAAAUGGAAAAUGUAAAAUGAAACAAAGGGUAUUGAGGAACUCCUCAAUGACUUUUUGUCUUUCAGACUUUUCUUUAUGCUAUCUUAAUGCAGUUUUAAAUGAGUAAAAUAAAGCUUGAAAACAUUUGCACAGAGAAGGAAAAAAAUUUACAUUGAAUAAUCUGGAUCAAAGUUUC